AUGUUGAGGAAUGUUGUGCGCGCUGCUUCACCCUUGGUCGCCAAUAUAGCCCGUCGGGCAAUACCUGCUGUUCACACUAAUAGCGGUGCAACGGUAAAUCUCGCUGCUCGAGGAUAUGCAUCCGCUAAGCCAACCACGUCUGAAGUAUCAUCCAUUUUGGAAGAACGCAUACUUGGAAUUAACACCGGCGGUGACGUUCAGGAAACUGGUCGCGUGUUGUCCAUUGGUGACGGUAUUGCUCGUGUGUAUGGUCUCAAAAAUAUCCAGGCCGAAGAAAUGGGUAUGGCUCUCAACUUGGAACCCGACAAUGUGGGUAUUGUCGUGUUCGGUAACGACAGACUUAUCAAGGAAGGCGAUACAGUCAAGCGCACAGGACAAAUUGUAGAUGUACCAGUUGGACCAAACCUAUUGGGUCGUGUGGUUGAUGCUCUUGGCAAUCCGAUCGAUGGUAAAGGGCCAGUGCAAGGUCAAGAACGAAAGCGUGUCCAAGUGAAAGCUCCUGGCAUUUUGCCUCGUCGUUCUGUUCAUGAACCUAUGUUGACUGGUAUCAAGUCUGUUGACGCCAUGGUGCCUAUCGGUCGUGGUCAACGAGAGUUAAUCAUUGGUGAUCGUCAAACUGGGAAAACUGCUAUCGCACUUGACACUAUCUUAAAUCAAAAACGAUGGAAUGAUGGCAACGAUGAAAGCAAGAAGUUGUAUUGUGUAUAUGUGGCCGUUGGUCAGAAACGUUCCACUGUUGCGCAAUUGGUUCAAACUUUGGAGGAAAAUGAUGCAAUGAAAUAUUCCGUGGUAGUUGCCGCCACUGCUUCUGAAGCUGCUCCACUUCAAUAUUUGGCACCAUUCACCGGCUGUGCGAUCAGCGAAUGGUUCAGAGAUAACAAAAAGCAUGCUUUAAUUAUCUAUGAUGAUUUGUCAAAACAAGCCGUCGCCUACCGUCAAAUGUCACUAUUACUUCGACGUCCUCCAGGUCGUGAAGCUUACCCCGGUGAUGUUUUCUAUCUUCACUCUCGACUAUUAGAACGUGCUGCUAAGUUAAAUGAGAAAUUUGGUGCUGGCUCUCUGACCGCACUACCUAUCAUUGAAACCCAGGGUGGUGAUGUGUCCGCUUACAUUCCUACCAAUGUCAUCUCUAUUACUGAUGGACAAAUAUUCUUAGAAUCUGAAUUAUUCUUCAAAGGUGUACGACCUGCCAUCAACGUCGGUCUAUCUGUUAGUCGAGUGGGUAGUUCGGCUCAAACAAAGGCCAUGAAGCAAGUCGCCGGAUCACUCAAACUUUUCUUGGCUCAAUAUCGUGAAGUUGCCGCGUUCGCGCAAUUUGGUUCUGAUUUGGAUGCUGCAACACGUUUCUUGCUGAACCGUGGUGAAAGGUUAACCGAACUUCUAAAGCAACCUCAAUACAAGCCAGUUCCCAUAGAAUACCAAGUGCCUAUAGUAUUUGCUGGUGUUAAUGGAUUUUUAGAUAAGAUAGAACCAAAACGAGUUACAGAAUUUGAGUCUGCGUGCAUUCCAUACUUGGUAUCCAAUUAUCCCGAUGUUUUGGAAGCCAUUAGGAAAGAAGGCGUUAUUUCUGAAGCAACUGACAAAAAAUUGC